AUGACGACCCCAACCCUAACCCCCAAAUACUUCAACAUAACCUACCCCCAAGAAUAUGUUGCGCACGUCGAAAUCAACCGUGCCGACAAAAUGAACUCCUUCUUUGAAGCAAUGUGGCUCGAACUCCACACAAUCUUCACCCACCUCUCACACUCCCCAACCGUCAGAGCCAUCAUCCUCUCCGGUGCCGGCCCCAAAGCCUUCACCGCCGGAUUGGACGUCAAAGCCGCCAGCCAGGGCCUCCUCUCCUCCGACGACAGUCAAAGCGACCCCGCCCGCAAAGCCUUCCAUCUGCGCCGCCACAUCACCUCCUUCCAAGAUUGCAUUUCGGCCAUCGAGCGCUGCGAGAAGCCCGUUAUCGUGGCCAUGCAUGGCUUCUCCCUCGGUCUGGCCGUGGACAUCGCCACGGCGGCGGAUGUCCGGCUCUGUGCCGCUGAUACCAAGUUCGCCGUGAAGGAGGUGGAUAUUGGUCUUGCAGCGGAUAUUGGGACGCUGAGUCGGUUGCCGAAGGUGGUGGGGAAUUUCGGGUGGGUGAAGGAGGUGGCCUUGAGCGCGAGGGUGUUUGGGGCCGAGGAGGCGCUGCGGGUUGGGUUUGUUAGUCAGGUGUUUGGGGGCAAGGAGGAGGUUCUCAAGGGGGCGUUGGAGAUUGCUGGGUUGAUUGCUAGUAAGAGUCCGGUUGCUGUGUUGGGCACGAAGGAUAUUUUGAAUUGGAGUCGGGAUCGGAGUGUGGAGGAUGGUCUUCGGUAUACGAGUGUGUGGAACAGUGCUGCGUUGCAGACGAAGGAUGUCAGCGCGGCGUUGUUGUCGGGGAUUCAGAAGAGGAAGCCUACGUUUGAGAAGUUGUAA